AUGCCCGCGCAAGAUGCAUCUGCUAAUGUCGUGCAUUUCAGCAUGCCCAAAAGCCAGGAUGAGGCGAUCCCCGAGGGAUACUUCGCAGAGGGUGAGGCGGUGGUCUACCACAGCCGCACGCAGAGCGCGUAUCUCCGUGCCAGAAUCACCAAGAUUCACAUCCUGGCUGGUGUAGUGCAGGCCAUUGAUCUUUCCUGCAAGAAGAGUGCUGACCUCACGAAGAUCGCCAAAAUCCAGGAUGAACCCUGGCGGGAGAGUGUCUUGGCCGAGCUUCCUUUACCACUGCACGCUGAAAAUGCUGAGAGAAGACAAGGUGACACCGCUGAAGUUCCCUUGGCAGAUACCAACAUCGGUGAUGCGAACAGCCUCAGACUCGGAAGCGAAGUCCUUCGAAAGACCCAGCCUGAAACACAAAGUCCCAGCAUCCGAUUCAAAGUUGGGGACAAAGUGCUCUACAACAGCAGAAGUCUGAACCAGAAGAUUGUAGCGGUGGUCGAACGAAUCACCUCAGAUGGUCACUAUGACCUGGAUGUGAAGAAAUCUGCAGAUCCAAAGAAUCUCUCGCUAUACAUAGAGUCUCCCACUUGGCAGGAACACGAGGCCGCGCAGUUGCCGCUGAAUGUGCGAGCUGAUAGUGGCACGCCGCACAGCGGCACACCUCGGACGUUUGCCAAUGCUGCAGAGUUUGUGGCAAGUCGCCACACUGGUCAGGGCCGUUUGCUGAGUUGCCGAACUUCGCAGCCCGUUCCCCUGACGGGGCAGGUCUUGGCUGAAGCUCCUUCUCCCCUGAACAACGCGGAAAUCAGACGCGUUGACACAGAGGUUGACGUGGGAAUGCACGAUGAUGGUGUCCGAAUCGGAAGCAAAGUCCUUCAGACCAUCCCGGGCCAUGCCGUGCAUGCCGCGCAUGCUGCGCAUGACGCCAGUCCUGGUGGCAGAUUUCGUGUCGGAGACAAAGUGUUCUACAACAGCAGAAGUCUGAACCAGAAGAUGGUAGCUGUGGUCGAAGGGAUCACCUCAGAUGGUCACUAUGACCUGGAUGUGAAGAAAUCUGCAGAUCCAAAGAAUCUCUCGCCAUACGUAGAGCCCCCGACUGCUGUGCAAUUGCCUUUUCAGCUUGUCCGAAGUGAAGGUGCCGGCGUUGGCGUCGGCACACCACAGGACAACAGCACUCCCAGGGGCUUUGGCAACGGGGCGGCUGAGUUCGUGGCGAAGCGUUACACGGGCGAGGGCCGCAUAGUGAGCUGCAAAGCCUUUGCUGCAGUUCCCAUUGGACCGCAGGUGCCAAGUCCCAACACCAGGACACCUACCCCCGUCAGGGCGGGAGCCAAGAGCUUCUUCUUGCCUGGGUCAACGCCGAGAGUUUGUGCAGCACCCAAGGCACCCAACCCUGUAGUCACCGAGAUGAUCAGAAGACUCUGUGGGGAGAUUCGCUGCGCUGAUCGCUUCAAGCCCAGCUUGGGCACCAUUCGACAGCAGCUGCUGCAGCAGUUGGGCCUUACAAAGGCGGCGCAGAUCAAGGAGAUGGGAGGCUUCAAAGGAGGUCUCAACCAAGGCAUUUGGAUUGUUUCUGACAACGGCCAGAAGCUGGUGCUCAAACAGAGCAGGUGCCAACGCAUCGCCAGCAACAUUCUGACGGAAGCCGAGAACUUUGUGAGGAUCCUCAAGGACCAUCCAGAGACGCUUGGCGAAAGAUUCAGGUGA